GCAAACGUUUUCCGGCUUACACGCGCUGGUGCCGCGCGGCCGAGCGAACGUCCGACGUUUUCGGGGCCGCCAAACGUUUUCCGGUGCACGGGCUCGGCGUCCAAAGGACAUCCCCAGCGGCUGCAGGUCAGAACGGGUGCGCGUCCGGACGGGAAACGGACCGCGUGCGACCAACGUGCGACCAGCCAAGCUGUCCUGUAACAUUUGAAUACGAUGCGUUCGGUCGCGUUAACAGUAUGGUUUUUCUUGAACGUCGUAAUGCUGGGCAUGUGCGGAUACAUUUAUCUGCUGUGGCUGCAGUAUUGGCGCCAGAUAAGCGUCAAGAACCAUCAUCCUCAGGAGUUGACCUACACGCAACAGCAGCCUUACGCCGAAUAUUACGACGAAGGCGAUUACACCACCAUCCAUCCGAAAAACGGGAAUCCGUUAAUGCGCGUUAGUGAAACGCAUUUAGAUAAGACUGAAAAAAUCAGGUUGUUCAAUUUCAAGAACAAGAUCAUCGCCCGUCUGCGGCAGGUGGUCAUGAAGGAGAACAGCAAUUACGGGUCCGCCAAGGACGAGAACCCGUACAACGUGCCGUACCGACCGCAAGCGCCGAGCAACGUUAAGAGCGACUGGGUGUGCGACAUGGCUUCAGCCGUGGAAGGGUUCAGGACGUUGGAGAGCGCAGACGUCGAGCACCGCGUUCUGGCCCAGAGCAUACCGGACACGCCGCUGUUCGGCGACGACGAGGUGUUCGGCACGUGCGCGAUCAUAUCCAACGCGGCCACCCUCCGUAAUUCCAACCUCGGAUACCUUAUAGAUCAACACGAUUUGGUGUUACGGUUCAAUAACGCUCCAACAAAAGGAUACGAAAAGGACGUCGGGUCGAAGACAACAAUACGUAUUUUGAAUUCUCAAGUCGUUACCAAACCACAAUUUCAGUUUUUGUCAUCGCCAUUGUACAAGCGGCUCAAACUUUUGAUGUGGGAUCCUUCGAAUUAUACGUCAUCCGUUAACGAAUGGAUCAAGAACCCCGAACACAACUUUAAAAAGAACUACAUAUCGUUCAGAGAAGCCAAUCCUAGGUCAAACUUUCAUAUCGUUCAUCCGCAAUACCUGUGGCGCUUAUGGGAUUACAUACAAGAUCACACCACCGCUCAUAUCAGACGGAAUCCACCGUCGUCCGGGUUUUUAGGACUGGCAAUGCUAUUGCCGCGGUGUUCGGUCGUUAAUAUGUUCGAAUUCAUACCGUCGGAAAGGAUGACACACCGUUGUCAUUACUAUCACGAAAAAGUCGACGUGACGUGCACAUUUGGAAUUUGGCAUCCGUUAGCUGCCGAAAAACUGCUAAUGCUUGCGGCGAACACCAUGACCGAUCAGACGGUGUUCCACACAGGGUUUCUUUCCAUCCCCGGUUAUAAAUCUCCGCUAUGCGCUUUAUAGUACAAACAAUAAAACGUUGAUACAUUGUCAAUGUAAUUUGGUCGACACAAUUUUUCAUCAUCACGUUACACAAUACGGUUGGGUGUUUUUUUUUUUAUUAUUAUUAUUAUAUAAAAAUAUCCAAUCAACCGAGGUUACGAAUACGCGUACGUAUCAUCCACGUGCAUUUAUAUGGUGCAGUAGAAUAUAACGAAAAAAUAUGAAAUACUACAAUAUUAGACUGCACGACCGCGUUUGUUACAGCAUUGUUAACUGUACGGAACUUUUUGUCGAAUACAAUUUCGUUGACCGUAACACAUAGCGUUAAGCGUUAGGUAUUUAAUGUAUUAUUAUAAAUCCUGAUGAUGUAACUUUUUUGAUAUAAGAGAAAAAAAAAGAAAGUUUCAAUAGAUUUAUAUUAUAUUACUAUGACUAUUGACGUGAAUAUAAAAAAAAAAAAAAAAAUUACGACAUUUUAUAUACUUCUUCAUGCAACAUCGAUUAUUCGACCUAUAGGGCUUGUAACAUUUAAAUGUAGUCCGUGCCUACCUAUAAUGUAAUAAUCCAAAACAAUUACUUGAGAUUAUUCCGCUGAUUAUGUCACUCGAAUACCUUACUGAUUUCGUACAAGAACGUCCAGAUAUAUCCAACACGUGAUGGAAAAAUUUUUUAUUCUGCUACAAUCGGCGCAAAAUGGUGGUCUGCCAUAAUUAUGUCAAAACAUUAAUGUUUUAAACAUAAUACUUAUACGGUAUACAUGCAUUCAUUACAUAACAAUCUUUAAUAUGUUAUCCAUUUAAUUUUAAAAAUAUAUUUCAACCGUUCAUAAUAUCACUUCAAGCCUAUAAACGAAGUAUCAAAAUAUUUGUUCCAUAAAAUGUAUCAUAUAUUAUUAUUUUUUACUAUUUAUUAUCACUAUU